GGGCACCCACAGUCUCUCUUCAUUUAUCCAGUCUACUCCGUUUAUGUUUGCCCAGAAGCUCUUCAUAGAUUCCAUCCGGUCUUUAAGUACCCGUUUCCAACUUCUAACAAGAAAUGGCGGAAGCCCCUCAGUCAGCUGAAAAUGAAACAAGUUGCUAUGUAUCAAUUGCUAUACAAAAUGACGGCACAAGGAAGGAGCAGAAAGUCCUCAGAGUGCCUCGCAAACUAAUUGAGGGGAUUGAGGAAGUUUCUCAGUUAGCUAAAACUGAAACAAAUUGUCAUGUAUCUGUUGCUAUACAAAAGAACCGCACAAGCAAAGAGCAGAAGCUGCCUACUUUGCCUUCGGAUUUGCCUUGGACAAUGCCAGCGCGGAAAAUCCUCAGAGUGCCUCACCAACUACUCAAGGUAAAUGAAAAAGCCUAUGAACCUUAUGUCAUUUCUAUCGGUCCAUACCAUCGUGGUAAAGAUCACUUAAAGGAAAUGGAAAGACAUAAGGUGCAAUCUUUAAAUAGGCUUCUUCAAAGCACAAAUGAAAGGGUUGAAACAUAUCUAUCAGCAAUAGAUAAAAUGGUGGCAAAGGUUCGUAAUUGUUAUUCAGAACCUUUAGAAAUUUCUGACGAAGAAUUCGUAGAAAUGAUGGUCCUUGAUGGAUGUUUUAUUAUUCAAUUUUUUAUGGAAAAGUUGGAAGAUUCUUUCUACUACGAAGGCCUGAUCGGUACAAGCAUUUUGCAUGAUUUGGUUCUAGUUGAGAAUCAACUUCCCUUUUUUGUACUAUGUGAGUUAUUGGACAUAAUCCCCAAAAUGUUGUUCAACAUGUGGGGUUCUACUGAUCCAAAACACGGAUUUAUCCGUCGGUUAAUUGAAAGGUUUGAAAAUUUGAUGCCAGGGCUCAAGGUUGACCGAACCUGUAAUGACAAUUCCAUAGAAGUCAAGCAUCUAGUACACUUAUUACACUCCAAUUGGCGUCCUUCAAAAAAAGCAAUGGAUAAAUACAAUGAGCAGCGAGAAAAGUGGACAUGGGAAUUUAUGAUACGUUGCGCUACAGAACUAAAAGGGGCAGGAAUUGAGUUCAAAGGAGUUGAGACAGGAAGUGAUGUUGAAAGGAGCUUAUUUGAUAUCAAGUUCCAAAACGGGAUACUAGAGAUGCCAAAAGUGACUAUUGAGGACGACACGGAGAGUUUGUAUCGUAACCUCAUUGCCUGUGAGCAGUUUGACACUUCGGAUCCACCGUUCUUAACUGAAUAUGUUGCCCUCAUGGAUUCCCUAAUCGACUCAGGAAAGGAUGUGGAGUUACUUUGUAAGAGUAAGAUAAUUGUUAAUCUUUUAGGCGAUGAUGAAACAGUUGCAGUAUUGUUCAACAGGCUCGGACAUCAUACUAAUUUAUCCAGUGAAAAUUUCUUGUAUGCCCAGUUAUUUAGGGAUGUCAACGAGCAUUACAAAAAACCCUGGAAUAAAUGGAAAGCAGUCUUAAGGCACAAGUAUUUCAACACUCCAUGGGCUUUUAUUUCCUUUCUUGCUGCAACUUUGUUGCUUCUACUUACAGUGCUCCAAACUUCAUUUACAAUCUUCCCUCCAUCUUGAAAUUUGAAAGGGCAAGAAACCCAAGAUCAAAAGUGAAUUUGCAAGUGUUACAUAGACUAGUAGAAAGGGUUUGCUACGUUUUGUUUUCUGCAAUUACCUUAUUGUAUUGUACUGUAUCUUGCUUUUUUAAGAUAAUUUUACUAUUGUUACCAUGUUUUAUUUAGGUUUGUUUGUCUUGUACUGCAUCUUGCUUUAUAAGAUGAUCUUACAAUUGUUACCUUGUUUUCUUUAGGUUUGUUUUGUUGAGUUCCUUUAAGCUUGUAAGUUGUGAGAGCUCUGUUAAAGAUUGUUACUGCCUAAAUUUGUUGCAAAUUUGCAAUAUAGUUGUUUACACCAU